AUACCAUCUCACGCUCCCUCCGCUUAGUAUUGGAGACCGACGUGCAAAGUGGUUACACUGUCAAACCGGAACAGAAACACUAAAGACCUGCAGGUGAAAUAUGGCUCGUACCAAGCAGACCGCUCGUAAAUCCACCGGAGGAAAGGCGCCUAGGAAGCAGCUGGCCACCAAGGCUGCAAGGAAAAGCGCGCCAUCCACUGGUGGCGUGAAGAAGCCCCACAGAUACAGGCCCGGUACCGUUGCUCUGCGUGAAAUCCGUCGUUAUCAGAAGUCUACCGAGCUGCUCAUCAGGAAGCUGCCUUUCCAGCGCCUUGUGAGAGAAAUCGCUCAAGAUUUCAAGACCGACCUGCGUUUUCAGAGUGCAGCUAUUGGUGCCCUGCAGGAAGCCAGUGAGGCAUACUUGGUUGGUCUGUUUGAGGACACCAACCUGUGCGCUAUUCACGCAAAGAGAGUCACAAUCAUGCCCAAGGACAUUCAGCUGGCCAGGCGAAUUCGAGGAGAGCGUGCAUAAAUGAUUGCUUGGAUUUUAUCUUUUUAGUGGGGGGGUGGGUGGGUGUGACUGGGGUUUGUUUUUUGUAAAUCUUGGAACUAUUACCAGCAUGUGUACCUCCUAAUUUGUCAUGUGUAGUUUCAGGCAUGUUUUUCUUUUUGUACUUCAUUUUACUCUUGACUUUCUCCUUGACUGUCCUAUUUACUGUAGAGCUUCAUAUCUGAAAAACUAAAUACCCCACUGCCUUUCUCAGGUUUGCAAAUCUAUUUUAGACUCUGUACCAUUUAAUCCUGUGUGCAUGUUGUAGGAUUUCUUGUUGUGCUGUAAAUAAACUUUCCGCUACCUCAAAUUAGUGACUGCAUUGAUGUCUAAAUGCAUACAUUUGGAUAAGGAGAUUUGUGGGGCAAAAUUUACAUGUUCACAUAAAUUAAGUUGGGGUUGUUGAUGCAAUGUUGUAUUUCAAAUGUAAUUGUUACUAAAAUGCAUUGAUUGAAAAACAA